UUCUUAUGGUUUUCAUGGUGCCUCUUGUGAGCGAUAGCAAAGCUAGGAGAGCUAGGGAGAGAUGACUAGUGUUUGGAAGACCAAGGUUCUGCCCGGGCUGACCAAGAUCUUUGACAAGGAUGGCAAGAAGGCUGCUGCUGCUGAGUUCCUGAAAUCCUUCAACAAGGAGGAGAUUACCAAGGAGAUUGAGGACAAGAAGGCAGAGCUGGAGCCCAAGGUUGUAGAGGCUUAUGAAGCAUCUCCAGCUGAGGUUAAGGCUUUGUUCAAGGAUAAGAAACCAGCCAAAGUCAGCAAGAAGAACUCGGCUGCAGUUACCAAGUUCCUUGAGGAAUUGGCCAAGAUUGAAUUCCCGGGAGCCAAGCUGGUGAGCGACGCGGUGGCCAAGUCCGGCACCGCGCCCCUCUCCCCGGCGAUCGCCUUCAUCUUGGACAAGGUAGCGCCUUUCAUCCCCAAGGAGGAGCCCAAGGCCGAGCCGGAGCCCCCCGCUGCGGCUGAGGCCACAUCCCGGGAAGUCGUCGUGGAAGAGAAGAAAGAGGAGGCCGCUGAGCCGGCUGCGGUUGCGGAGGCGGCGGCGCCGGCUGCAUCAGAGGCGGUGGUAGAGGAGAAGAAAGAAGAGGAGAAGAAGCCGGCGGAGGCUGAAGCCGCGGCGCCAGCUGAGGAGAAGAAGUGAUCACUAUGGAAGAAGCAAGCAAAUGAAGCUACCUUGUGGUAAUUAAUUAAAGUUACUCUCUUGUCAACGUACGUACGUAGCUGCACAAAGUAAGAUACACAGUUGGCCAUGAUGCAUACGUACAAGCAUGCUUGGCAUGCGAAUGUUGCAUGGAUGGAUGGAUGCAUGCAUGAACAUUUAUUUGUUAUUCUUUCUUACACCUCGAUCUUUUGAACCGUGUAAAUGUGUAAUGUGGGGCUUUUUUCUUGUUUUGAUUUGGGGUUGAUGAAACAUCUGUAAUUAUUUAUAUUGAUAUGUUUGUUGUUGGUCGUAUUUAAGAAA